CCUAUUAUUAUUAUUAUUUUAUAUUUACCCGAACCCCCCCCACCCCCCGGACCCCCCGUUAUACCGGGCAAUAUACUGUUAUCCAUAGGACUAUCUGUGGUGGCGCUCUCCGUCAGGCCGGGGCCUGGGCUGCUGGGGUAUUAACCCCCCUCCCGCCGGAUCCUUUGUGCCCCUCACCCGAGGACUAGGUGUACCGGGCACCGUACCUCUGACCCCCCUCCCCCCCCGGCCCGGGCGGGAGGAACCGGGACGACUGGAGGAAGAAGACCCGGCAUGUCCAGAGGAGGUUUAUUACGGAGCCAUUUCCAAUAACUGAAACUGAAGAAAAUAUUUUAGCAGAAAUUCUUCUUGGGAUUAUACCUCAUCUGGAAAGAAACUUGUGCAAAGAUGAUUACUUCUGAGCUGUCAGUGUUGCAGGACUCCACAAAUGAGAGUGCCACAGUGCACACCGACAUGUCGGCAGUGGCAAGCGAAAUGAGCUCUGAUAUAGUGGAGGAUAUAGAGGUUAAGGGGAAAAGAAAAAGAGGGCGUCCAGGAAGACCGCCGUCCGCCAUAAAGAAACCGCGCAAGACUCCUGGAGAGCGGAGUCGGGGAGAGCCAGGAGCCAGAGGAAGAGGAAGGGCAAAUGGACAUCCUCAGCAGAAUGGAGAAGGGGAUCCAGUCACGCUCUUUGAAGUUGUAAAAAUGGGCAAGAGUGCCAUGCAGUCUGUAGUUGACGACUGGAUUGAGUCUUACAAGCAGGACCGAGACAUUGCUCUUCUGGACUUGAUAAACUUCUUCAUCCAGUGUUCAGGCUGUAAAGGUACUGUAAGAAUUGAAAUGUUCAGAAAUAUGCAGAAUGCUGAAAUUAUUCGGAAAAUGACUGAAGAGUUUGAUGAGGAUAGCGGUGACUACCCCCUAACAAUGCCCGGCCCUCAUUGGAAAAAGUUCCGCAGCAACUUCUGUGAGUUCAUUGGCGUCCUGAUCCGGCAGUGUCAGUACAGCAUCAUAUAUGACGAGUACAUGAUGGACACUGUCAUUUCCCUUCUGACUGGUCUCUCAGACUCCCAGGUCCGAGCGUUCAGGCACACAAGCACACUGGCAGCAAUGAAGCUGAUGACUGCACUGGUGAACGUGGCGCUAAACUUAAGUAUUCACCAGGACAACACCCAGCGACAGUAUGAGACGGAGAGGAACAAAAUGAUUGGUAAAAGAGCCAACGAGAGGCUUGAACUGCUGCUACAGAAACGGAAAGAGCUUCAGGAAAACCAGGAUGAAAUAGAAAACAUGAUGAACUCCAUAUUCAAAGGCAUCUUUGUUCACAGAUACAGGGAUGCCAUUGCUGAGAUCCGUGCAAUCUGCAUUGAAGAAAUAGGCGUUUGGAUGAAGAUGUACAGCGAUGCUUUCCUCAAUGACAGCUAUCUCAAAUAUGUUGGCUGGACGCUUCAUGACCGGCAAGGAGAAGUGAGGCUCAAGUGCCUGAAAGCUCUCCAGAGCCUUUACACCAACCGGGAGCUGUUCCCUAAGCUGGAGCUUUUCACCAACAGGUUCAAGGACCGUAUUGUUUCUAUGACUCUGGACAAAGAAUAUGAUGUAGCAGUUGAAGCAAUUCGGCUAGUCACACUGAUCCUCCACGGCAGUGAAGAGGCCCUCUCCAAUGAAGACUGUGAGAAUGUUUACCACUUGGUCUAUUCAGCACAUCGGCCUGUUGCGGUAGCAGCUGGGGAAUUCCUGCACAAGAAAUUAUUUAGUAGACAUGACCCACAAGCUGAAGAAGCUUUGGCUAAAAGAAGAGGACGUAGCAGUCCCAAUGGAAAUCUUGUCAAAAUGCUGGUACUCUUCUUUCUUGAAAGUGAGUUACACGAGCAUGCAGCAUAUUUAGUGGACAGCUUAUGGGAAAGUUCUCAAGAACUUCUGAAAGACUGGGAAUGCAUGGCAGAGCUGCUAGUGGAGGAGCCAGUACAAGGGGAGGAAGUGAUGUCUGAGCGGCAGGAGAGUGCACUCAUAGAGCUAAUGGUGUGCACAAUUCGGCAGGCGGCAGAAGCACAUCCACCUGUGGGGAGGGGGACUGGAAAAAGGGUUUUAACUGCCAAGGAGAGAAAAACACAAAUAGAUGACAAGAAUAAGCUGACUGAACACUUCGUUGUUGCACUUCCAAUACUGCUAUCUAAGUAUUCUGCUGAUGCAGAGAAAGUGGCAAAUCUUUUACAAAUCCCUCAGUAUUUUGACCUAGAGCUAUACAGCACAGGACGGAUGGAAAAGCACCUGGACAGUUUACUAAAGCAAAUCAAAUUUGUGGUAGAGAAACAUACAGAGUCAGAUGUGUUAGAAGCAUGUAGUAAAACGUACAGUAUCCUAUGCAGUGAAGAGUACACAAUCCAGAACAGAGUGGAUAUUGCCCACAGUCAGCUGAUCGAUGAGCUGGUUGAUCGCUUCUCACAUGCUGUGGAGGAUUUAUUACAAGAAGCUGAAGAAGCAGAUGAGGAUGAUGUAUACAAUGUCCUGGCAUCAUUAAAGCGGUUAACAUGUUUUCACAACGCUCACGAUUUAACCAAGUGGGAUUUGUUUGGAAACUGUUACCGGCUGCUAAGGACGGGCAUUGAACAUGAAGGCAUGAUUGAACAGAUUGGUGUCCAAGCUCUUCAGUGCGCGCACUACUCCAUUCUGUGGCAGCUGGUGAAGAUCACAGAAGGCAACCCUUCCAAAGAAGAUAUGUUGAUUUUGAGAAAAACCGUAAAGUCCUUCUUGGCUAUCUGUCAGCAGUGUCUUUCAAAUGUUAACACACAGGUGAAAGAACAGGCAUUCAUGCUGCUCUGUGACCUUCUUAUGAUCUUCAGCCAUCAGUUGACAACAGGUGGAAGGGAUAAUCUUUUGCUGCUGGUCUUUAAUCCGGACCUAGGACUGCAAUCGGAGCUCCUGACUUUUGUCUUAGAUCACGUGUUCAUUGAUCAAGAUGAUGAGAAUCAGAGCAUGGAGGGUGAUGAGGAAGAUGAAGCCAACAAAAUUGAGGCCUUGCACAAGAGGAGGAAUCUGCUAGCAGCAUUCUGUAAACUUAUUAUUUAUGACAUUGUAGACAUGCAUGCAGCAGCAGACAUCUUUAAGCACUACAUGAAGUAUUACAAUGAUUAUGGUGACAUCAUUAAAGAAACACUAAGUAAAACAAGGCAGAUAGAUAAGAUCCAAUGUGCCAAGACCCUGAUCCUUAGUUUACAGCAGCUAUUCAAUGAGCUGAUCCAGGAGCAAGGCCCCAAUCUGGACAGGACGUCUGCUCAUGUUAGUGGUAUUAAAGAGUUGGCUCGCAGGUUCGCACUCACAUUCGGUCUGGAUCAGAUAAAGACAAGGGAAGCUGUGGCCACGUUACACAAAGAUGGCAUAGAGUUUGCCUUUAAAUACCAAAAUCCCAAGGGCCCAGAGUACCCGCCAUCAAACUUGGCCUUCCUGGAAGUACUGAGUGAGUUUUCUUCAAAGUUGUUACGGCAAGACAAGAAGACAGUACAUUCGUAUCUGGAGAAGUUCCUGUCAGAUCAAAUGAUGGAGAGAAGAGAAGAUGUUUGGCUGCCUCUUAUCUCCUACAGAAACUCCCUGGUAACAGGUGGGGAUGAGGACCGCUUGUCCGUGAAUAGUGGAGGCAGCAACAGCAAGAGCUCCUCUGUAAGAAGUAAGAAAGGCCGGCCUCCCCUGCACAAGAAGAGAGGAGUGGAAGAAGAGACCAUCGACAGCUCAUGGGUCACCAGAAAUGACACCCUUCAGACACCAGGAGCACUUAGCACACCUCAGCUUACAUCUACUGUACUCCGGGAAAACCCAAGACAGAUGCCAGAACAAAUGCCUGAACCAGAGUCUGAACACGGCUCUGAACCAGACUUCUUGCACAACCCCCAGAUGCAGAUGUCUUGGUUAGGUCAACAGAAGUUAGAAGACUUGAAUAGAAAAGACAGAACAUCAAUGAGCUACAUGAAAGUGCGGAGCGGUGUUAGGCAUGGGGUACGAGGUCUAAUGGAGGAUGAUGCAGAGCCCAUAUUUGAGGAUGUAAUGAUGUCCUCGAGGGGCCAGUUGGAAGACAUGAAUGAGGAGUUUGAGGACACAAUGGUUAUUGAUCUGCCACCUUCUCGAAACAGACGGGAAAGAGCAGAGCUCCGACCGGACUUCUUUGACUCUGCAGCCAUUAUUGAAGAUGAUUCAGGAUUUGGGAUGCCAAUGUUCUGAGGUUCAGCACAUACCUGGAACUCUUGUUUAAAGGCCUGUAUACUGUGAGCUUCUGUAAGAAAAUUAGAAAAAAAAAGAAAAAAAAAAAACUUUUUUACAGUUUUUGUUGAAACCAAAUGCUUGUGGUAUUGAUGGAUUCUGUACAACCUGGAGAAGGUUUCCGGUGUCUGGAACGAACACUACACAGCUCCUUGUUGAGAUCAAUGCUACAGUGGAUGCUGAAUGCUCGCAACUGUUUGCAUUUGGUCAUGAAGAGAAAUAAUUGGAUACAUAGCCUGUUUUAUGGACAAAUGGUUUUAUCGCCAGUUUCCUGCUGUACAAUUCAACAUUUUAACCUUUCUUAAACCUCCUCCACCCUUAUACAUCUAAAUCUUUGUUUCUAUCUAUUGGCUAGUAACUGGCCUAGAAGAUUGCCAUCUCUACCCCUUGUAUGGAAAUGUACAUAGAAUACAAAAUGCACUGGAAGGGAAGAAAGAGGGGGCGCAGAUUAGGCCAAAUUAAAUUCUUACAACCCGUAUCCAUCAGAACAAGCAUUUUAUUACUCAGUGGAUGUCAAGACCUUUAUCAUCUGUUCCAUUUUGUUUUUCCCCAAAAUUUUGUAUUUUGAUUCUGUGGUCCCCACCCCAUACAGAAUGUCAGUUUAUUUUAUUAUCAGAAAGGACAAUUUUUUUUUUUUUUUUAACUACUAGUCCUGUACAUUUUAAAGUCGAUACCAGCAGCAAACCAAGCAGUUCUACCAUUUCCAUCACUUGCAGUUAACUAUUUCUUCUCUUGACACUUGUUCCUUUUUAUCCCUUUUUGUUGUUGGUUUGUCACCUUUUUUUAUAUUCCUUGUAUUGUUCGACACAUCGUACAUAUUUUACAAUAAAUAAAGGAAACUUAUAAUAGUGGGACUGACAUGAGCCUAAUAUCCAUGCAGUAAAAAUCAACAGUAAUAUUUUUGUAAAGAAAAGGUACAAAAAAAAAUGCAAUUUUAAACUUAUUUGUCGCCUAUAACAAGCGCUUGGAUGGGCAUUUUUCUAUUCCAUUGUUCCCCCUCUGGUCAAUGUUGCAAGUUAUAGCAUUUUCAGUGUUAUCUGUCCCGAGUUUGGCUCUUUUUAAACGGGAAAGAGGAAAGUAUUUUUCCCCCAGCACAAUAAUUCCCCGUUUAACAGCCCUGUUCUGUAUUAUUGUAAUAAAAGUCAAAAUCACAUGUCUUAAAUAAAGUGAUUUUAACAAUACUCUCUAGAAUGGUUUU